AGCCUGCCCCAAGAAAGGCAUCAGUUUGUGGCUUAACAUCUUCGGAAGAAGUUCAUCCAAUUCACGAAAGAGAUACCGACAUGAAGACCACCGUUGCAUGCGCCAUUGCGAGCAUCCUGCUCAUCAGCUUGGCCGAUCUGGCCACUGGAUCGGCGUGUGGAUGCACGGAACCAACAACAACACCCGAGCCAUGCACGACAACACCCGAGCCAUGCACGACAACACCCGAGCCAUGCACGACAACACCCGAGCCAUGCACGACAACACCCGAGCCAUGCACGACAACACCCGAGCCAUGCAGGACAACACCCGAGCCAUGCACGACAACUCCUAAGCCAACAACCACUCCCAAGCCAACAACCACUCCCAAGCCAACAACCACUCCCAAGCCAACAACAACUCGCAAGCCAACAACAACUCCCAAGCCAACAACCACUCGCAAGCCAACAACCACUCCCAAGCCAACAACAACUCCUAAGCCAACAACCACUCGCAAGCCAACAACCACUCGCAGGACUACAGAAGCCACCAAGCCGACAACAACCACCAAGAAGCCACCGCAUUCAUGCUGCUCCUGCGGACCCGGUGGCAACGACUGCGCGGGCUGCCCGCCCAGGGAGUACCUCUGCCAGGAGCUGAUCAACUCUGUGCGCAACCUCGAGCAAAGGAUCCGCCAGUGCGUGUGCGGACAGGCCAGCUGGCUGCUCUAAGAGCAGUCCCUGUUCCUGGUCCCGCUCCUGAUCCGAUCUCAUGGCACAACCCCUUGGACUGCGAUUUCCACGUUUCUUAUAAGGUACUGUUGGCCACCAUUUGGUGUCGGUCAAUGUUGUUAAUAUAUUCUGAUAAUACACAGGAGCGAAAGACACUCCAUUCAUUCGUUGCGCAAAUAUUAAAGAAAAGCAUUUGAUUUAUUAUUCAA